GUUCAUCAGAUUCCGCCUCCAGAAUCCAGAGCUUCGAAUUCUGGAGACGUGGGCUCUGGUGAAAAUCGCUGUGGUGCCAUUCAUGUGAUCCACUUUCUUUAAUCCUCUCCGCCGUCGCCACCGCCGCUUGAAGGCCGUACUCUCUGUCCCUCUCCCUCUCCCUCUAGGACGGUGACGUAAAGGCGGGCCCGCAUUUCUUGGAAAUGGGCACCACAAAUGGCUCGUCAAACCUAAAAGCCUUUGAAGAUCACACAGGGAAAUACAGCCCGUUUUCCCCUUCCUCACUUCCUGAUUCCUCGCUCAAUGUUAAAGCUAAUGAGGAAGGGUUAAAUUCGUCCGAGAGCUUACUCAUAGACGAGCAGCCCUCGUGGCUCGAUGACCUUCUUAACGAGACGGAGACCGUUAUCUUUGACCGAGGUCAUCGUCGAGCGGCGAGCGACUCUUAUGCAUAUUUGGGGAAUUUGGCAGACGAGGCUUUCAACUUCGAGGAUGAGUCGAAGUACAUAGACUCAUUGUUCGGGCCAUGUAAUUCUAUGCCCUUCAGGAAUGUGGGCCUGAACGAGGCCAGACGGGGUUUGUCGUUGGCCCAGAAGAAUAAUCAGGGCUCUGAGGGAUUGGUAGAGCACAGCAGAGACGAGUCUCGUUCGCGAAAACUUGAAGACUCACUCAAUAGAGCUACUGGUUCUGAUGUUAAGCCUUCUGGAUCUAAGGCGGAUUCUAAACGUUCUAAACAGCACAAUGCUCAUCGGUCGAGGGUAAGGAAACUUCAAUACAUAUCUCAUUUGGAAAGGACUCUUCAAAUUUUGAAGGCAGAAGGAUCACAAUUCUCUGCCGAGCUUGAAUUCCUUGAGCAGCAAAAUAUGCUACUGACGAUGGAAAAUCGAGCCCUUAGGCAGCGCCUAGAGAGCAUUUCGCAUGAGCAGCUUAUCAAACAAUGGGAACAAGGCAUGCUAGAGAGAGAAAUGGGGAGGCUGCAAACUCUUUACCACAUGCAAAAGCAACAGCAGAUGGAAGUUCAAAAUCCACUGCACCACAAACAACGUCGUAAUAGAAGUAAAGAAAACCUCGAUUAUCAAAUGUACAAUGGCCCUGUCAAGAAUAAGGAUGACAUGGCGAGUCCCAGCAGAGGUUCGGUUUAAUGGUCAUUUUCGGGCUUUUAAGUUAAAAAUCCCAAGUGCUAACAAAUGCACCAACACAAACCCGACCAAAUUCUCUUUGCCUUUUUUUUCCUCCCUCCACUNUUUUUUUUUUUUUCCUUGU